GACUUUAAAAAUAAUUUUUAAAAAUACGUUGCCCUUUUAAGUCCUACGGAAUUAUUGUAUUUUAUUUUUGUUCGAAAGCCCGCUCAUUCCCAAUGUGGAGGGUUGGGGAUGGUUCCCUUAGCGCCUCUGGGACGCUGUCCCUGAGGACUUAUUCCAUGUUGAAUCUGACGCUCUCAAUGUCCAGGCUCGGCUGCGGCGUGGGGACCGAAAAGGGGCGGGGUGGGUCGGGACGGCAGUUUAAUUAGGUCCCCGGGAACUGCGUUGAUUUGGUCUUUUGGCACUUGGACGUAUGCUUUAAAAAGAAAAAAGUGUCACUGGCGUGGAGUGGGGCUAGUGGAGGGUGAGGUGAAUGCGCCGUUUGGAAACCACAGGACAGUGAACCUUUCGUCUCUCCCAGCGAGACUCUACCGCGGGCCCGGCGGCCGCCUUGGGAGCCCGGCGGAAACAUGGCGGCGCCCGGAGCCCGGGGCCGCAGCCUCUCCGGCCUGCUCCCCGCGCAGACCUCGCUAGAGUACGCCCUGCUCGACGCCGUUACCCAGCAGGAGAAGGACAGCCUGGUCUACCAGUAUCUGCAGAAGGUGGACGGCUGGGAGCAGGACUUGUCAGUACCCGAGUUUCCGGAAGGAUUAGAAUGGCUGAACACAGAAGAACCUAUUUCUGUCUACAAGGAUCUAUGUGGAAAAAUAGUCGUCCUUGAUUUCUUCACCUACUGCUGCAUAAACUGUAUUCACCUAUUGCCUGAUCUCCAUGCAUUAGAACACACAUACUCUGAUAAAGAUGGUCUUCUCAUUAUUGGUGUUCACUCGGCUAAGUUUCCAAAUGAAAAAGUACUGGAUAACAUUAAGAGCGCUGUUCUUCGAUACAACAUCACCCACCCUAUGGUUAAUGAUGCAGAUGCCAGCCUUUGGCAGGAACUAGAAGUUUCCUGCUGGCCAACUCUAGUCAUACUUGGACCUCGCGGAAACAUGUUAUUUUCUUUGAUUGGAGAGGGACACAAAGAUAAAUUAUUUUUAUAUACUUCAAUUGCUUUAAAGUAUUACAAAGACAGGGGGCAGAUCAGAGAUAAUAAAAUUGGAAUAAAACUCUAUAAAGAUUCUUUGCCUCCUUCACCAUUGCUAUUUCCUGGCAAAGUAACAGUAGACCAAGUUACUAAUAGAUUGGUAAUAGCAGACACUGGACAUCAUAGAAUUUUGGUCGUUUGGAAGAAUGGACAAAUUCAAUAUAGCAUUGGAGGACCCAACCCUGGAAGAAAAGAUGGAAUAUUUUCAGAAUCAACUUUUAAUUCUCCACAAGGUGUAGCCAUAAUGAAUAAUAUCAUAUAUGUGGCAGACACUGAAAACCACCUUAUAAGAAAGAUUGACCUAGAAGCUGAGAAGGUGAGCACUGUAGCUGGCAUUGGAAUCCAAGGUACAGAUAAAGAAGGUGGAGCAAAAGGAGAACAACAACCCAUUAGUUCCCCUUGGGAUAUAGUUUUUGGAACAUCAGGUUCAGAGGUCCAAAGAGGUGACAUUUUAUGGAUAGCCAUGGCAGGGACUCAUCAGAUAUGGGCACUCCUGCUGGACUCUGGCAAACUGCCAAAGAAAAAUGAGUUAACAAAAGGAACCUGCCUUAGGUUUGCUGGAAGUGGAAAUGAAGAGAAUCGAAACAACGCCUAUCCUCACAAGGCAGGUUUUGCCCAACCUUCAGGCCUUUCCUUGGCCUCUGAAGAUCCCUGGAGCUGCUUGUUUGUAGCAGAUAGUGAGAGCAGUACAGUGAGAACCGUUUCACUGAAAGAUGGAGCAGUGAAGCACCUUGUAGGAGGAGAAAGAGACCCCAUGAAUUUAUUUGCUUUUGGUGAUGUUGAUGGAGUAGGAAUCAAUGCAAAGCUUCAACACCCCCUUGGAGUAACAUGGGACAAAAAAAGGAAUUUACUUUAUGUGGCAGACUCCUACAAUCACAAGAUUAAAGUUGUGGAUCCAAAAACAAAAAACUGUACAACAUUAGCAGGAACUGGAGACACAAAUAAUGUUACCAGUUCCAGUUUUACCGAGUCAACUUUUAAUGAACCAGGAGGCUUGUGUGUUGGAGAAAACGGACAAUUAUUAUAUGUAGCAGACACCAAUAAUCAUCAAAUUAAAGUGAUGGAUUUAGAAACUAAAAUGGUAUCUGUGCUCCCCAUCUUCAGAUCUGAAAAUGCUGUGGUAGAUGGCCCAUUCCUAGUAGAAAAACAGAAGACAUUACCCAAACUACCUAAAUCUGCUCCAAGCAUUAGGCUUUCCCCCGUGACUGCGUGUGCUGGCCAGACUCUUCAGUUCAAACUCAGAUUAGACCUCCCAUCAGGAUCAAAGCUAACUGAAGGAGUACCCAGUUGCUGGUUUCUAACAGCUGAAGGCAAUGAAUGGCUACUUCAAGGACAGAUGCCAUCUGGAGAUAUAGAGAACAUUUCCAGUCAACCAACAAUUUCACUACAAAUUCCUGAUGAUUGCUUAUCACUUGAAGCCAUUGUAUCUAUCAGCGUGUUUCUUUAUUACUGUAGUGCAGACAGCAGUGCUUGCAUGAUGAAGGCAAUUUUGUUCAGUCAGCCUUUACAAAUAACGGAUACACAGCAAGGUUGCAUAGCUCCAGUAGAGCUCAGGUAUGUAUUUUAGCCAGCCAGCUAGCUAGCAACCCAUUGCCACCACCUACUGUCCCCCAUCCUGACUAUCACUGUAAUUUAAGGAAAGAAAACUUCAAUUCUGCCUCUGGAUACCAAGAUGCCCAUUGCUCAGUUCUAACAACUGAUAUUAAAAUAAAGCUAUGCUCCUUACUUACUUCUUUUAUUAUAAACAAAUUCCUUUGCUUUGGCUGAUACUAGCUGAGUCAUUGAUCAUCAUUGGAACCAUGAUACUGUAAUCUAUGCUGCUAUUUGGCACAAGACUGAAGUUCACACUACAGUAGAGAAUACUAUAAGAUAAUUUGCAAUAAAUACUGAUAAUAAUAAUACCAGAUAUUUUAACUAACUUUUUCUACCUUUAUUAAUAGCAGUCAGCACACUUGAAUGUGUAAAUUUCACAGUAACUUUAGGCAGAACUUAAGCUCCAGUCCACAUUUGUAUAAGAACACCAAGUAUUCAAGGCAUAAAGUUUGUUGUAAGCCAAAAAAAAGUCUUUUCAUCACUGUAGAAGUUUAAGGAGUACAUCAGUGGUAAAUAGGAUCUUUAUUCUCUUCUGUGGUUUUCUCAGUUGAGAUAUUUUUAAAAGAGAGUUUUGAUCUAUUUUUAUUAUAAAUUAUUUGUUAUUUAACAUACCAUUAUGAAUGCCUUAAAACUUUGUACAGAUAAAGUUGGACAUAGAAUCUCUAAGGACUGACUCCUUUAACUGUUUUUGAGUGACUACAUUACCAGAUAAUGAAUGAGUCCCCAGAAAUAUUAUGACUUUCAAGGAAAAAGGGACUUCAGGACACAUUACUUAGUGUCUGUGAUAAAUAAUUUAUUAUGACAGCUAAAUCUGAUGGUUACAUAUCUUGUUUUGGAAAUGUACAUUUCACUUGUAAGCAUUAAAUGCAGAUUUGUUGAGUUCAGGUUUUGAGGUUUUUUUGUUCCCAUAUUCAGAAUUUAAAUUAUGAUCAUUUAUUGUGAUGUUUUUAAAAAUCACUUUUAAGCCUUAAAAGUGAAAUUUUCAGUGUGAGGUGCUUUCAUGCUAUUAAUAGAUACAGUAUAUCCUAAUAUAUUACUCUUCAAAAUAUUAAGGCCGAAACAGUGAUUUAAUGAUACUAUUUUUUAAUUUUUGUUGUUUUUUAACCCUAAAAAAAGAUAUUGGAAAGGUUUUUUUUCUAUUGUCAUAAUUUUUAACUACUUAAAAGCCUAAUCUUGUUUUCCUUAAGACCUAUUCAACAUGUUUGUGAUUUAAUCAGCUUACAAGAUUUCAAAAACAUCAGGUGAACCAUGUUUAUUUAUUCAGUAAAUAUUUAUAGACACUAUGGCAUAAUAUGCUUCCCUUCCCUGUAAAAACAGUGCUAAAUUUGAAGUGUAAUCUUUUUUAAACAUCAUUGUCUAUUUUUAAUUUUUUUUUGAAAUGUAGUAUUAGUUUGUUUUAUUCAUAAGGUUAGCUGAAUCUCUGAAGUAAGGAUGUAUAAAUCAUGACAUUGAUUUAAUUAGUCAUCUAUUGAAGCUACUUUUAAAGAGAAAUAUGGAUAUAAAAUUAAAAGGAAUCCUGUUUAAAAUUAUAUGUAAUUACCUCAUAAACCUUUUCUCUCCACAAGCAAUCAAAAAAAUGAAAUGUUCUGUAAUAAAAGGGUGUAUAACAUACUCUCUUUUAUGGAGAAUAGGCCUUAGUUAUUUUAUUUUUGAGACGUGGUCUGGCUCUGUAGCCCAGGCUGGGAGUGCAGUGGCGUGAUCUUGGCUCACUGCAACCUCUACCUCCUGGGUUCAAGAGAUUCUCCUGCCUCAGCCUCCCAAGUAGCUGGGAUUACAGGCGUACACCACCAUGCCCAGCUAAUUUUUUUGUAUUUUUAGUGGAUACAGGGUUUCACCAUGUCAGUCAGGCUGGUCCGAAACUCCUGGCCUCAGGUGAUCUGCCUGCCUCUGUCUCCCAAAGUGCUGGGAUUACAGACGUGAGCCACCUUGCCCUACCGGCCUUAAUUAUUUUUUAAUCUCAUUUGACUUACUGUGUUUCUCAUUUCUAGAUGGACAGGAUGAGAAUAUUUUGGCCCAAUCAUUUUCUGUUUAAGAACAUAAACAAUUUCACACUCUAAAAGAAGUAUAUACAGUUUUAAUUUGCUAAUUUAGAAAUAUCUGACAAUUUAUUUUUCAGUAUAAUAUACAAACACAGUGUUUGUUAUACAUGUUCAUGUACAGUGAAAAUGCAAAGGCAUUUUUUAGACUCUAUUCCCCUUCAUUUGUCUAGACAGUUUUAGGUUAGCCUUAGCUUAUGCUUUUCUUGACUUUCAAAAUACAGUUUUAUUGAACAUUCUUAAUCUUACCCACCGCCAGUCUGCAUUGUUUUUUACAUUAAAAGUAUUAUUUAUAGUAGACUAAUAUGAUUUUGAAUAAAUCACACUUAAGCAAUAUAGAUAGUUUCCUAGAAUUUAUGAUGAGGAUAAACCUCUCACAUAAGACGAAGCACUAGAAAGUUUAUUUUUAAAACUUGUUGAUCCAUAUUCUAUAAGGACUUCUGCAUAUUUUUUAUCUUUUGCUUUUCUUGUUGCAUAAAUUAUUCUGUCCAGUGAUAGUUUAAAAAGAACAAAAUUUUAGUGUAAGUCACCUCACUUGAAAUGCCAGUAAUGUGGCAUUACACGGAAAACUUUGUAGUUUAAUCACCCAUAAGUGUAACUUUAGCAAAAUUCAAUGACUAUGAAAAAUAGUUUUUUCUUAACUGUUCUAAUAAUAUUUAGUUAUAAUAUUAUCAAACCUUCAGAAAGCUAUAAAUCCUAACAGCCAGAAAAAAAAAAUUUACUAUGUGUAUAUUUAUAUAGGUGUGUGUAUACACAAAGAUUAAGAAUUAUUCGUGAUUCUUUUAUGGCCAAUAUACUUUUGAGCUUAUAUAACUGAGAUAAGUUACUCUUUGCUUGUUUUUCUGUAGUUGGAAAAUUUAGGAAGAUAUUGAAAAUACAUAUCUCUAUAAUGUAAUAAUUUUCUGCCUGCACAAAGUUUACUAUUAAUUUAUGUCUGCCAGUUAAAAAUACGAUAGUUAGAUUUGGCAUCACGUUUAACCACAAUCAUCAAAAUCUACUUAAAUUCUAUAAUUGACAGUUACAUAAGAAUAUAUGCAGAGGGAAAAUGUCAAUGGUUCUUGUGAAUGCAGGAAUUAUGGAUAUUUUAAUUUUAAUUCUACUUUGCUGUUUUUCUUUUUUUUUUUUUUUUUUCUCUUCAGUGAGCAAUCUGUUAUUUUUAAAAUCACGGUGGGGGGAAACCCAUAAAGGUUAAAGAGUUAAAGUUAACUGAAUUGUAAGCACUUAUGUAAUAACUUUUUAAAAGUCAUUUUUAUUACCAGAGCUCAGAACAUUGUUUGGAGUCCUUUGAUCUACUGGUUCUCUUAAGUACGUGAUUUCAUGAAGAUAGCAAUGGUUAUGGCUUUUUUGUUCUGAUAUAUUUAUUGUGUAACAUAGCAUAGUGGUUAAGAGCUUGGAUUUUGCAGUAACUUGGAUUCUAAUCCUUUAAAAUGGGGCUGAUAUACCUGCCUCAUAUUCAAUGAAAUAUUGUGUGUAUAGCACUUAGUAAUUAAUGAAACUGGUAAUUACUGGCUUAGUUACUAUAAUGAUAAUUUGGGACCAUAAACACAUAUCACCCUACAUUUUCUUUGCAACUACAGUUUGUGAAGGAAAAUCUCCCACUAACUAUUGGUUAUGUUAAUAUUCUUCAUAGAGUUGGGUUCAAGAAGAGAAAUGUUUUAUAAUGAAGCAUAUAACUAUUUUAUAAACAACAUUGUAGUUAUAAAGAAGCAUGCCUAUAGUGUUAUUAAAAAUUUUUUAUAAGACUUUCAGAGCUACAAGUAAUGAACUUGCUUUGAGAGGGUCCAGACAUACUCAUCUUGAACCACAUUCCUACAACAUAUGCCCAACAACCUGCACCAGAGUACUUAUAUCUUAACCAAAAAGUUUCACUCCAAUGGUGGUGCUUCACAAAAUCUUCAAAGUGCUUUCAUGUAUAUUGCCUCAUUUGAGCUUCAAAUAACCUUAUAAAUCGGGCAGGUAGAUGUUAGUUUACAGAGGAGGAGACAGCUUUGGAAUAGUGGUGACGUAUCUGAAGAAGAGAAAACUCCUGGAAUAGCACUCAAUGCCUGAAGUGGUGCCUGGCACCAGCAGAUGUUCAAUUCUGUCAAACAAGGGGAAGUAGUGAGUGGUGGAGCCUUUAUUCAGGCACGGGUCUCCUCGUUCCUAACUCCCGAGUUGCAGAGGGAAAACAAACUGCUCAAUUAAGAGUUCUUCCAUGGACACUUUCUUAAGCCUUCACAUAAAGUAACAAGAAUAAUAGAUAUUUAUUGAGUUCUUACUAUUUGCCAGCACUCAUCUAUUAGGUGCUUUUAUGUAUUAACUCAUUUAAUCCUCACAACAACCUUAUGUGAGAAAUACCAUUUUUCCUUAUUUGAUUGGUGAAGAAACACAGAGAGGGUAAGCAUAAUCAAAUACACCAGCAUAACCAAAAUCACACAUUUAGCAAGUGGCAGGGCCUGGAUGGGUGUCUGCUCAACUCUCUGCUGUAUUGCCUCUUAAAGUAGGUUUUCUUAAAACAUAAAUCUUUCAUAACUUUAUAUAUUUAUAGUAACUUAAUCCAAAGAUCCCCAAAAGCACUAGCAAUGAUUGUUUCUGCAAUUUAAAUAAAUCCAUUUAAUUAUACAACUUUGCAUUAUAUACUGUUAUUCAGACCUUGGAACAGUCUAUAAUUGUUUGUCAAAAGAUUUUAUGUACUACUUUUUCUUAAUUUCAGAUAUUAUCCAGAGUUUUUCUUGGCAGAUGGAUGUAUUAAAAAAAUAGCUUUCCAAUGUUAGUUCUAACAGUGCUGUUUCAAAAGUUGUUUUAAAAGUUCUAAUGGUUGGUCUUCAAAACGUAAUUAAGACCUAAUCAUAAAGAGCCUUUUGCACAGGACUAUCCCAAACCCUAAGAAGCUUAUUCAUAUUUAAGAAAAUUUUGUUGUAUUAAUAUUAGUCCAAGUGAGCUCUAGAAAUAUAGUCUUCUGCUUUCUUGUUUCAUAAAUAACACUGGUAUGUAGACCCCUCCCCAUGACUCAAAUAUUAAUAUAUGCAAUUCUGUUACAGUAAAGUUUUCACCAUGGUCAACCUAUUCCAGCAUUAGGUACUUUUUGUUGUUGUUUUGUUUUUUUUUUUUUGAGAUGGAGUUUCACUCUGUCACCCAGGCUGGAGUGCAGGGGUACAAUCUCAGCUCACUGCAAGCUCCGCCUCCCGGGUUCAAGUGAUCCUCCUGCCUCAGCCUCCCAAGUAGCUGGCACUCACCACUACUGGUGCCCACCACAAUGCCCGACUAAUUUUUGUAUUUUUAGUAGAAACAGGUUUUCUGUUGGCCAGGUUGGUCUCGAACUCCUGACCUCAUGUGAUGUGCCUGCCUUGGCCUCCCAAAGUGCUGGGAUUACAGGCAUGAGCCACCAUACCCAGCCUAGCAUUAGGUACUUUUUUUGUUUUGUUUUGUUUUUGUUUUUGUUUUUGAGAUGGAGUUUUGCUCUUGUUGCCCAGGCUGGAGUGCCAUGGCAACACAGCCUCCGCUUCCUGUGUUCAAGCAAUUCUCCUGCCUCAGCCUCCUGAGUAGCUGGGAUUACAGGCGCCUGCCACCACGCUUAGCUGAUUUUUUGUGUUUGUAGUGGAGAUGGGGUUUCGCCAUGCUGGCCAGGCUGGUCUCGAACUCCUGACCUCAGGUGAUCUGCCUGCCUUGGCCUUCCAAAGUGCUGGGAUUACAGGCGAGAGCCGCUGCGACCAGCGCACUAAAUACUAUUAAAAGGAAUUAAGCAAAAUGCUGCAUACCAAUGAUUAUGAUUCAUGAUCACCUAAACACAGAAUGCAGACUUAACUUUUCAUUUUUAGUGUGCUAAUUAAGUAGUAGUAUGGUGCAGUAAGGAAUUUUGUUAAUUUUGUUAUAAACUCCCUCUCCUGAAAUCCGUAAGGAAAUGUGAUAAUAAGAAAGUGAUAAUAGUGUCAUAUUCUAAAAGUAGAAUCCACUGUUAAGCACCAAGAUUACCUUUUCUUCCCCUUGUGGCAGUUUAUUUAAAUGAAGUAUUAGCAAAAUCAUGUCACUAUUUUGUCCUGAAUAAUUCAGAGUUUGCUUUUUUCCCAUGUCUUUGCAAUAGGAUAAUAUAAAGAAUAGUAUUAAAAGUCAGAGGCUUUACUAAUCUACCUAUAUGUAUUCCAUGGCUAACAAACCCUGGCCCCUUCACGUGUGAGUGCUGGAGGUUUGCCUGGCUGCCUCUGACUUGCAGAAGGCUGCCCCAAUCACAGAGCCUGGGUAAGGUGGAACAGGAGGCAGCCCCACUCGGCUUUUCUGAUUGCAUCCCACCUGUUUCUGAGUGUGUUGGUUUGGUUUAAUUCUUUUCAAGGGUUGGAGUUGGAAAGUGAAAACCCUAGACACUUGCUGUGGAAUGUUUGCCUGGUUGUUUUGGUGUGUCCCUCUUCUUCACUGGCAUGUCACUUUCAAGUGUACCAAAGGACAUUUUGUUCUGUUGAAAGCCACAGGACCAAAAGGAAAGUAUUGCAACUAUUUGCAAACAUACUUCCCUACCUGUACAAGCAGCCAUAUACUAAAAAAGCACUAAACAAGCACAAAUGAACACUAAAUAGCCUUAUACCAAAAAGCAUUCUUGUAACUGUCAGGGCAUGGUAUGAAUUCCUUCCUCUUUAAGCAGCAACUUACCACAGGCUUGGUGGCUUUAAGUAAUAUAGAAUUAAGCAAAUGGUCAGUUAUUUUUUAAUGUUGAAAACUUGAAAGUGUGAGUAAUAUGGACAUAUUUUACUACCUUUUGCUUUUAAUAUACUUGGUUAUCUAUUUCCAUUUGAAAUAAAAUGAAAGGAGACCUCAAACUGAUGCUGAGAAGUAGCCAAAAUCAGCUCUCAGAUUUAAAUCUGCCCAAUUUAAAUCGUUAUUUUUUCCCUUCCCAUUUUUUUUUAAGAGACAGGGUCUUGCUGUGUUGCCCAGGCUAGAGUGCAGCAGUGACAUGAUCAUAGCUCACUGCAGCCUGGAACUCCUGGGCUCAGGAUCCUCCUGCUUCAGCCUCCUGAGUAGCUAAGACCACAGGUGUGUGCCACCACACCUGGCUAAUUUUUUUUUAAUUUUUUGUAGAGGUGGGGUCUUGCUAUGUUGCCCAGACUGGUCUCGAGCUCCUGGCCUCAAGCCACCAGCCUCCCAAAGUGCUAGGAUUACAAGCAUGAGCCACCACACCUGGCCUGUUAUUCCUUCUUUAUCUAAUGUGUGCUAAGCUCGUGAAAAAUAUAUGUUGAAGUAAAUAGGGCAAAACAUUAGUUGAUAAAUUAUGCUAAUUAAUGGGAAAAAUAGACACGUUCGUCUCUGAACAUUUAGAAGGACUUUGCCCUACAACUAUCUUCUGUUUUUAGAAUUUGUAGUCACUGUUCUUAAUGCCACUGGAAAUAUAUUCAUUCUUUGAGCAUGUACAGGAUGGGCUCCCUGUUGUAUUUAUUACACUUUUCAAAAUGCCAGCAAGUUUUUGUUUAUAUAGAGUUGGAAUGUAUUGUUCAUGCAUGCCUGUGAUAUUCAUCAUCAAAAUAUACCUGUAAAAAAUAAACUACCGCUUCCUCUCCACACCUUAGGCCUCCCUCUUACUAAAAACAAUAGUAGUUUCUGUAGAAGUCUCAGUGAGAAAUUAUGGUUAUAUAAAUAACAGAUAUGUCAGAACAAUUUUGUUGUAGUAUUUUUUUCGUAGCAUUUCUUAAUAGCUCAGUUUUCAAAGGAGGGGAACAAUACCCCAUGUGAGUUCAAAUUAAUUUUCUCUACUUUGAGGUAUACCUUCCUAAUUAUAUUUUACAUAGGCUAAUUUUUUUAAGUUUAAAUUCUCAGUGUUGCAUUGAGAGACAAUUAGAAAUGUUGUAAUUGUCAUCUCUUUACAUGUGGAUUAUGAACAAAUGAAAGUUUGCUGUGUGAUUGCAGUUUCAAAUUAUAACAUUUCAUAAAUAUGUCAAUUUUAGAAACUCAAACUCUUUCCCAUCUUUUGUAUGGAUAAAGUUUAUGGUUUCAUUUCUGAGAAUAGAGUUGGUCUGCUGUGCUAACUUCAUGUUUCUCAUUCCAAAGGCUUGAUUAUAUUUUUUUCUCCAGUGAUUAAAAAUGCAGCGAAAAUCCAAUUUACAAGUUCAUAUAUUGAAAUUUCUAGACAUAGUCUAGUUCUAAAAGAAUGUACUUGGUGUGCAUUUUUAAGUGUUUCAUGUAGACAGAUUAAUAUAUUUUUGUACAACAUUGUAUUUCUACAUUUAUUUCAAGACUGUACUUUUCAGUGACUUUUUCAAGUGCAUGUGUUAACAGAAGAUUGUUUAGAAUGAGAGUGCAGUGGCUUCUUUACUAGCCAAGAGAAGUGUAAUACAAGUGAUCAUAGAAGGUGAGAAUGUGUUUAUACUGUACAUGGAAACCUGAUGCCUCUUUUCUAAAGCUUUGUACAUUUUUUUCGUGAAAUAGAUUAAAUAUUUUCUCUCUAAAA